GCUAAUAUGGGAACCGCUGCGUCAACAGAGGAGAAGACGGUGACACGCAUCACGGAGCGGCGGGGAGAAAAGUUCCCCUCUGAUGCGUUAUCCCGCCUGUUGCGGUGGGGACGAAGAAGGGGACUUUCCGUUAAAACUGUUUGGGAGCGGCUGGGCUGUGAGCUUUGGAAAUCGGUGGCUCAGGGCGAUGAGGAGGCUUUCUCCCUGAGUCCAGUAUGGCUCACCGCGCAGAGAAGACUGGAGGAGUUUGAGGAUGAGAGAGAACAACUGCAGAAAAUGGCUGAUUUUGCAGUAACACUGGAACAAGAACUGGAACAGGUUAAAUUGAUUCUGCAUCAGCGAGAUCUGCAGUUUGAAUCUUUACAGCAAGAGCAUCUAGUGCUCAUGAAGCAGCUCACCUUAACCCAAGAAUCAUUGCACACCAAAGAGCAGUCCCUAAAUGACCUACAGACUCAAUAUGAUGAGCUGGUGGCCAGGUUAGAGGAAUUCCAGGGUGAUGUUAUUUCCAAGGAUGACACGAUCCAAUAUUUGCAGAAUGAGAAGAUUGUCCUAGAAGUAGCUCUGCAGGCAGCAAAAGCAAGCAAAGAAGAACUUGAUGAAGGAGCAAACUUCUUAGGUGAAAGUACUGAGGCAGCAUCAGAAAUCUUGGCACAAUUGAGCCAGGUGGAAAAUCUGCAACAGGAAAGUGCCAGCCUGAAGAAACAGACCCAAAAAGUAAAGGAGCAGUUCCUACAGCAAAAGGUAAUGGUGGAAGCUUAUCGAAGAGAUGCAAGUUCACAGGACCAGCUGAUUAGUGAAUUGAAAUCUACAAAGAAGCGGCUGGAUUUGGAAGCGAAAGAAUUAAAACGGGAGCUACUGAAACUUCAAGGUGAAAAGCAGUCCAUUGAUGUUGAACGCUCAAGAUUUCAGAAGGAAGUAUCCCAGGUUCACCAGCAGAUGGUGGAGUUAGAAAGCCACCUCCAGUCAGUGCAAAAAGAACGGGAUGACAUGGAGAUACAGCUACAGUCUUUGCAGAUUGAUAAAGAACAAAUGACAUCUCUUGCUGAGAUGAAUGAGGUAUUAAAACUACAGGUAGAACAAAUGCAAGAGGAAGCCAAAAAGGCCAUCACUGAACAGAAACAAAAAAUGAAGCGUCUGGGGUUAGAUCUGACCAGUGCACAGAAAGAAAUGAAGGCAAAACAUACUGAAUUGGAGCUGAGCAAACUAAAAGCACAAAUCGCUGAUGGAGGAAAUAACCAGGCUUCCCAUGAAAGGAUUCAAGCCUUGGAGAUAGAGCUGCAGGCUGUUAGCCACAGUAAGAUGAUGUUGGAGAAAGAGCUGCAAGAAGUAAUUUCACUCACCAGCCAGGAGCUUGAGGAGUACAGGGAAAAAGUGAUUGAACUUGAGGAUGAGCUUCAGGAAUCUAGAGGUUUCAGGAGGAAGAUAAAACGUUUAGAAGAAAUAAACAAGAAGUUGGCCCUCGGACUGGAACAUGAACGGGGGAAGCUCACUGGUCUUGGUCAGUCUAACACUGCUUUGCGAGAGCACAGCAACAUCCCCGAAACAGUACUAGCAGCCGAAACAGUACUAGCAGAGAGAGAGGCAGACCUGGUGCAGCUGAAUUUCCGGGUUCAAGCAGUCCUAAAGCGUAAAGAGGAGGAGGAUCAGCAAAUGAGGCAACUUAUUCAAGCCUUACAGAUUGCCUUAGAAAGAGAAAAGUCAAAAGUUAAUAACCUUGGAGAGCAGGUUGCGGCAGCCAGGGUGGGUGCAGCGCAUGACCGUCAUCAUUAUAAAGCUGCUGUUCUUGAGCUGAGUGAAAUUAAGAAAGAGCUACAAGCCAAAGAACUGCUUGUCCAAGCCCUUCAGGCUGAAGCAGACAAACUACAAGCUAUUAUUGAACGUGCUCACGCCUCUCUGAAGGCGCUCCUCUUAAGACAGAAAGGGGGGAUUUGCAGUGAGCGGGCAGACGCCUUGGAUAAGACGCCUGCCGCUCGGUUGCUGAAAGCUCUUUACGUGCUUAAUUGGUCCCAGGUGGAUACCGGCGAAGUGGGUUUGGCCUUGGCUGCGUCUUCCGGAGAGCCUUAUGAGACGCGCCCAGGCGCCGCGGAACCAGAGCCCCCGGAGGAGAACUGUUUGUUAGCUCUGUCAGGACUUUUCCUGUUUGAUCCUCCGUGA